CAAACGUACAACAGAGAACCUUUUGACUCUUUAAAUGUUUCAAACUUUUCAGCUGGAUCCAAACAUGUAUAAUAGCACUCAACAAAUGAGUGUUGUGGGUGCCAAUCAGAAUCACAUACACUGCAACAAGAGUGAUGACUUCAAGUACCCUCUGUACAGCACUGUUUUCAGCAUGGUGUUUGUGGUUGGACUUCUCUUCAACAUGGUGGCUGUGUACAUCUUUGGCUGUACCCUGAAGCUGCGGAAUGAGACCACCACGUACAUGAUGAACCUUGUUGUUUCAGACUCUCUUUUUGUCCUCAGCCUGCCUUUUCGGAUUGUAUAUUUCAUCAAGCGUGAGUGGAUGUUUGGAAGUGUGCUCUGCAAAAUCUCUGUUGCCCUCUUCUACACCAACAUGUACGGCAGCAUCCUCUUCCUUACGUGCAUCAGCGUUGACCGUUUCCUGGCCAUCGUGCACCCGUUCAGGUCCCAGACUAUUCGCACAAAGAGGAACGCCAAACUGGCCUGCCUCACGGUAUGGGUGCUGGUUCUUUCUGGAAGUAUACCCACUGGGUUCUUACUGGAUACCACUUCACCUAAAAAUGUCAACGCCUCCACACACUUCUGCUUUGAAAACUACUCCAGAAAGCAGUGGAAGGCUGAGCUGUCCAAGGUGGUGGUGUUUAUUGAGACUGUUGGCUUCAUCAUCCCUCUGAUGCUCAACAUCUUCUGCUCCAUCAUGGUGCUGCGGACUCUGAAGAAACCCCAAACCAUCACCCGGGGGGGAAGCCUCAACAAGGCAAAAAUCUUAAGGAUGAUUGUUGUCCAUCUGCUUAUCUUCUGCUUCUGUUUCAUCCCCUACAACGUAAACCUUAUGUUCUACACCCUGGUCCGCUCCAACAUACUGAAGGGAUGUGAUGCCGAGUAUGUGGUCAGAACGAUCUACCCCAUUGCCUUGUGCAUAGCAGUGACCAACUGCUGUUUUGAUCCAGUUAUUUACUACUUCACCUCAGAGGCCAUUCAGAGCUCCAUCAAACGCAAGUCCACAGUGUGGUACAACGGCGCCAGGCUGUUCGACCGGCUGCAGAUGGACAGCUCGCAAAGCAGUCCAAACACAACACCCAAAAGCCUGACACUGAGGUCUCUUAGAACAAAAAUGUUUGACAAUGAGUCGACUGUCUGACGACAACUGUGUUAUGUCAUGUGAUUAAUAAUUGAGUGAGUAUUGCAGGUAAAACUCGAUUUGUAUGAGAGGAUGAAGGUGGCAGCAGAGUGGCUUUUAGGAUCCCAACAACACACAAACAGACUGGUUACUAAGGAGUCGCACUCUCGUCUACUGGACACUAUAUUGACUUCAGACGCUGAUCCCUUCAGUCAAUAAAGAGUGAAACAAGCUGCAGACGAGACAUUUGUAUAAAACAGUGUGAAUAAAUACCCUUUAUUAGGGAGACAAUAUCUUAGAUGUUAGAGAACUCUUAAAGGAGGCAAGUUUAUAAUGUGUAAAAGUAAAAAUGAGCCUUAGUCAAGAAAAUGGUGCUGCAGAGAAGACUGAGCUGGUGCUGUUUGUUCCUCAGAGCCAAUUCUCCUUUAGGAAAAAUC